AUGGCCAAAACUAAAGGACGCAAAAACCAGUACACAACAACAGAAUCGUUGGUCAUAUAUAUACACGUUAUACUCCUACGUACAAUGAUGCCGAGAAAAACCACACUUCAGUUUCAACUUCCAAAAAAACAAAAUCAAAUGAAUUUCAACACCACCUUUGAGUCCGAUGAUUAUGCUCUUCUUGAAUCCAUUCAACGUUACCUCCUUGACGAUAACGAAGACUUGAGUGCUCCCACGGCGGUUUUGCCCACACCCACCGGCGAUUCACUUGGGGAGAGUGGUGGUGAAUCCACGUCCACCCUUUUCACCAACGCCAUCAACUCUCCAUUAGCCUUGUCUGGGCAAGCGGCCGCGGCUGCCAUCGUAGCGCAUGGGGAUUCCACGGUUGAGCGUGGUGGUCACGCGCCUCACAGGAGCUACAAGGGAGUGAGGCGUAGACCUUGGGGGAAGUUUGCGGCUGAGAUAAGGGAUUCGAAGAGAAACGGCGCGAGGGUUUGGCUUGGGACUUUCGACUCGGCUGAGGACGCGGCUUUGGCUUAUGACCGAGCCGCUUUUGAAAUGCGUGGCUCGAAAGCUAAGCUCAAUUUUCCUCAUUUAAUUGGAAGCAAUAAUUGA